AUGUUUAAUUCCAUAUCUGUUAUUCUUUUAUUGUCUUUAAUAUUCCUCAAAAUUUUAUCUUUCCUUCUUAUCAUUAAAACUUCAAAACUUAUUUCCGCACCUAUAAAUUAUGAAAAAAUUGUUUCUAAAGAUAAAGCAGAAACUUCGGCUGUCCCUGUGGAAAAUCAAGUUUACGAUGAUAUCUUAAGAAAAAUCGAGUUAAUUGAAUCAAGAAUGAAACGUAUUGAAAGAGAAAAGCGUUACUCAGAUGCUAACUGUUCUUUAGUUUUUAACAAUUUUAUAGAUGAAUAUUCGCUUGAUAUUUCGAACUUGCUUAAAAAGUUGGAAAUCUUAAAAAAUAAAAUCCAACAAAACUAUCCAAAUAUUUAUCUCCUAUAUUAUCUAAAAGAUUUUUUAUUGAGUAGCGAUGAUUAUGAAAAAUUAAAAUCAUUUGAAAAAUCUCUAAAUUCCUUAGAUUAUCAAGAAUCAAUCAAAGCAACAAUAAAAGAAUUGAUCAAAAUCCGUUUCGAGAUAAACAGUUUUGUACAGGAAAUUGAUCUAGCUAUUAUAAGUAAAAGAUCAGUUGGCGAAUUUUACCUCUUUUCUGAUAGUUUCGAAAGGGAUUCUCAAAUCCUGGAAUCUAUUUUGGAGGAUAUUUUGAAGGAAUUUUUUGAUUUAUGCAAAAAAUAUGGAAUAGUGACUGAUGUUUUUCUAAGGAAAAAAUAUGAAAUAUUAAAAAUAAUAAAGAAAUAUCAAUCAAUGCAUGAUCUGCCAAACGAGUUUCAAAAUUUUAUUUUUAAUUCAAUCGUAACUAAUUUGGAUGAUAUACUGCUACAAAAAUUGCCCCUUAAAGAUGUUAAUCUAGCCGGGGUAAAUCUUAUAAUAAAGAAUGUGAUGACAUCUGGCAUUUUUAAUUUUGCUCAGGAGAAGGCGAUAAAAGUAUUAGCUGAACUAAUUAAUACAAUUGAUCGUUUGAUAUGUAAUGAAAUAGAAUUUAAAGAGUUUACAAGUAAUGAACAGUUAGUCAUAAUCGCUCAGAAUUAUAUGAAGAUCAAUUUACUUCUUUCGUCUAAUAAAAUUUUCUUUGAAUUUUUUAAAUUUAUACGAAAAAUUCACAAUUUUUGGAUGGUUAGAGGGCAAUAUGAUACAGAAUCCAGACAGAUCAAAAUAAAAUGGACAAAAUUCGAGAUUGCCACAGUAUGGUAUUUUCGGGAAAAAUUAAUUCCUGAGUAUUUAACACGAUUAACUAUUAAUUUUGAAUUUAUUGAUAAUCCUGAAUGGCCAAAUGAAUGGUUUAAUCUGAAAGAGUCGGAAAGAAAGGAGGCGGUUGAAUCAAGAAACUUUAUCAAGAUGAUAGAAAAACAAGUUGAAGUAAAUAUGGCUAAACUCCUUAUUUAUUGGGAACGAUUAGAAAAGUGGUUCAACAUAAAUAAAGCAAUUGGCAAGCUGACGGAAGAUAAUAAGUCUCAAGUUGAGGAUCAACUUAAUUUGCAGCGUGAGAACGAAAUUCCAAAUGAUUUAAACAAAAUACUCUUCAGAAUUUUUGUUGACUUGAAGAAAUAUGGAUUGAAUGGGGCUUCUGAACCUUGA